AUGGCCUGGGAGCCUGGCCUGGCCUGGAUCGUCUUCUUGCAGUCAGUCGUGCUCCUCGGCAUGCACAGUCUUUGCAGCCGGUGCGCUCUUCGGAUAAGUUGGGUGGAGCCGACGAUGAUGACGAUGGUCUGGGACACCGUGGAUGAGGGGUUUCUCUUGUUUGGGGGACUGGGCAAUGGACCCGUGGCUGGCAUAGAGCCAUUCUGGGACUUCCGCAACGACCUGUACUUCUACAGCGUGACUCUGAAUGCGUGGACUAUCAAAUCAGCAGUUGGGGCGCCAGAGCGGCGCAUUGCACAUACUGCUGUGCUCGAUCCGGAUACCAGGAUGAUGUAUGUGUUCGCUGGGCAGAACGCAAGCGUAAACGAACAGUCCCCCGAGACUUCUUUCAGUGACCUGUAUGGCUAUGACCUGGCGACGGACACAUGGACAGAGCUGGCCGCGGCAAGUUCCGAGCGAUCGAGGCACUCCGCAGUCUGGGACAGCGAACGGAGCCAGAUGAUAGUCUUUGGCGGCGUUGAUGCUUAUGGAAACAAGUUGAAUGACGUUGAGACGUAUAAUCCGAGCUCUGACUCUUGGAAUGCUCCGAGCGUUUCUGACCCGAAGCCGUCUGCGCGCUUCGGGCACGUUGCUGUGUGGGACUCCUCGUCCAACGUGAUGCUGAUGUGCUGCGGGCGUGGUUCGCAAUCCUACAAGCCAUACACCGGCACAACGGACAACACAAACAACGACUUAUGGAGCUAUUCUACAGGCCCCGGGGGUGGAUGGACUGAGCUGGUGCAGUCUGGGAGCUUCACCCAGCGAAAGGAUUUCUCACUGGUCUGGAAUCCCACAACCGGCUCGUUGGUGGGGUUUGGCGGAGACUGGUCGCUCGGCAUCCUCGACUCCCUCUGCCUCUACACCAACGCGACCAACAGCUGGAGUGAGUACACAAUCACUGGCCCAACUGAACGCUUUGCUCACGCCGCGGUCUGGAGCCCUACAGACGACCAGCUCUAUAUGUUUGGGGGGAUCGACGCCAUCAGCACAGUGGAUGAAUUUUGGAGGUUGGAUUCUGUCUUGACAAGUACGAGCUCUUCCUCUAGUAUCUCCGUGAGCACCAGCUCUUCAUCCAGCACAAGCUCCUUGAGCGUGACCUCUUCCAUCUCCAGUACUGCCACGGCCACUACGACCACUACGACCACGUCCGCAAGCACCACCUCCCAAACCACCUCCCAAACCAGCUCCAAAACCACCUCCACCACCACGACCUAUACCUCUGAGACCUCCACGACUCCCACCUCUCACACAUCCACGACCUCCACCUCUCACACAUCCACGACCUCCACCUCUCAGACAUCCACCACCUCCAUGACCUCCUCCUCCUCCUCCUCCUCUGAGACCUCCACCUCGUCUAGUACAUACACGUCCAUCACAUCGUCGUUCACAACCUCCGCAUCUACCACGUCCAGGCUCGGCACCUCCACAUCUGUGACGUCCACUUUCACCACUUCCACUUCGACUGCCCCAGCCUUUGCACAAUCCACCGUCACCGCCUCAUCAACAACUUCUGUCUCCAGUCUUUCUUUAACCGCUAGCACGACAGUGACGUCAUCGACUUCGGCAGCUUCGCUGUCUACAGCUUCCAGGAGUACAACGAUGACAGAAAGCUCAACUGCUACAACAACCCUGUCUGCAACAACUAGCAGAGGUGCCUCUACAACAAGCUCCAGUUCAGCCACAUCGCUCUUCUCAACUUCCAUCUCGGCAACAGGAAGCUCCACCAUCACGGAGGCAAGCAGGACCGAAACCAUGACAGCAACGACUUCCCGUGCAUCGUCAAGCAGCACUUCCACAAGCUCGUCUUCUUCCACGCGCUCAGGCCUCGUUGUGACAUCCUCGUCUACUUCGACGUCCAUGUCAACGUCCAGGACGAAGGACGUCAGCGUGGGCACAGUUGUGGAGCGGCUGUCUCAAGUUGAGCAGGCCGAGCAAGGCAUCGUGAUGGGUCUGCUUGAAUUCCUCAUCGGCAGCAACACCUCCGACGUGGUGGCCAAUGCCUCAAACGCCUCGACGGGAGUUUUGGGCUACGUGUUUUCAAAUGAUGAAGAUGCUGCAGUGCAUGCUUGGGCUUUGGCCUCAGCUCCCCCGAACGAAACGCUGGCUCCACCGCUGGUUCUGGAUGCAGGAACGUUUGGUUUGGUGGUGCCGCCGGAAGCCCUUGAGCAAGUUGCAACGCUGGCCGCCGACGUGGGCCUCCCGCGGGAGGUGGUGCUUCUCACCAUCAGCAGCUUCGAAGCUACGCCAGAGUUGAACAGCAGCAACAGCUCCUUGAUCUCGGAGCCGGUGCACGUGAGCUUCCGUGCAGCGGACGGUCAGCGCCUUCGGGUGAGUGGGCUGAGAAAGCCUUUGGAGCUGAGGUUUGAGGGCCUAGAGCGCUUCAAUGAAAGCGCUCUCCAGCAGGCUCGAUGUGUGUUUUGGGACGAAGAUGCUGGCAGCUGGUCCAGGGAAGGAUUGGCACGCUCUGAGCAGUCAGACGGGUUUGUGUGCCUCACAAGCCACUUGACGAUCUUCGGGGUUGUGUUUCUGGAGGCGGUCGGCAGGGCCUUCCGGUGCUCUUCAGCUUCCGACGUCUUGUCCGUUGAAGGCCUCCAGAACUUGGGGACGACCCGCUGGCUGACGUAUGCAGCCACAAUCGUCACCUUCGUGUUCCUGGCCGCUUUUGCUGCUGCCAUGGGCUGGGGAGCGCACCUGGAUGUGAAGACGAAAAGAGCCUUCUCUGAAGCUGAGGUGGAGGCCGUGCUCCUGGUGAGCCGUUCCGAGGAGCGGGCUUGGGAAGAAGAGUGGCUGCGGCACGGCCGCAGCGCGCUCUGCUGCUGGUGCCUCACCAGCGCUUUUGAGAAGAUGGCCUGGUUGGUCAGCAUCGUCUUCGAGUUCGAGGCCACGGAUGACGUGGGUAAGUUUGCGAAUCCCCAGGCUACUACGGUGAGUCGCUGCAUCUCUCUGCUCCAUUCCUACAAGGCGGGCGCCUGCCGCGAGAGCAUCUCGGUAGUGAUGGCCUCCAGCGGGGAGCGCAAGCUCCGGUCAGGGUCCCCAUGUGCCGUGCAGGGCGAGCGCAGCACCUCCUCCCACGCGUCCGCGAUCUCGGAGACCUGGGAUGUCCAUUAUCACGGGGUGAGAGCUGUGAAGCAGUAUCUGUCUGCCUCCUGGUGCAGUCGGGUGACGAUGCUGCUGCCGUGCCUGCACCCGUGGCUGCGGCUGACGCUCAUGAGCUUCUUCAGCUCUCACGCCAUGCGUGCAGCCCUUGUAGUCCUCAAGGUUACGACCUCAGCCUUCGCAAAUGCCCUGUUCUUUACGAGCGCGGCGCAGGCGAGAGAUUCCGAUGACGAAUGCGUUGCGGAACACCCCGUCGGUGAGAAGCUGCUGACCGCACUCGUUGUUGGUCUUUCUUCCGCGUGCCUCAGUGAUGUCCUGGUGAUAGUGUUGGCCGUGCUCCAGCAACGUCGGGUGCUGGUGCGAGACCUGUGGACGGCAGAGAUGAAGGCAAGACAGUUGCGGCGCUGGCGCAUAAGGAGGCGGCUCUUCUGGUUUGUUUGGUUUGGUGCCUGUAUCUUCUCCAUUCUCUACAUAUUGUCUUUCCUUGCGAAUGUGAGCGAAGCUGAUGCUGCGGAAUGGCUGGAAAGCAGCGGGGUCAGCGUUUUGCAAGAUAUCCUUUUCAAGCCCGUGCUAAUGGCAGUGGGCUACGCCACGUUAACGACCCUGGUCCUGUGCUGCAGUCCCCGUGUCAAAGACACGAUUCUCAGCCAGUGGAUAUGCCAGGACGAGGUGAGCGAAAGCGCAGUGGAGGAAUCAGCUAGCGUAGGGUUCCCUGCAGCGGAGGAUUCAGUUAGCGUAGGUUUCCCUGUAGGCGAGUCAGCAGAGGUCGAUGAGACGUUGUCGAUCGGGAGCUCGGACCCCCCCGAGCCCGUCAAGAAAACCUGGCUCUGA